GAAAGUGCUCGUUGACAAAACUAUUCUCAAACCUGUCGAUUCUAGAAUGUACAUUGAGUAAAGUGUCUUAAAAAGUGUUCACAGCAUGUGUAGUGUUAGAAUUGUUACUGUAUAGAUUUAGAUCAGCAGUGAAAGUGUUAACAAUGUUAUAUUCAUCAACUCGACUGGAAGUGAAUGUCGACUAUCUGUGUUUUAUUAUGUGAAGUUUGUUUUUAGCGAGCGAACAUGAGUGCGAUAAUGAACGCGGCUGCUGACGUGAUCACCGGCUCUGCCAUUGCUGCCGCUGGCACUGAGGUGGCGUGGUUCAUUCCAAUGCUGGUGGCAGCAGUAGCAUACUACCAAUAUGACCAGACAGACCCUGAGGGCAGGCCGGCUGACGUGAGCGAUCACUUGCUGCCAGAAUAUGACUUCAUAAUCGUGGGAGCAGGGUCUGCCGGUGCUGUACUCGCAAACAGACUUUCCGAAAUCGGUCACUGGAAAGUCCUUUUAUUAGAAGCCGGUGGAGAUGAGACGGAGAUAUCGGAUGUACCGCUCCUUGCGGGAUAUUUGCAGCUCAGUAAAUUAGAUUGGAAGUAUAAAACUGAACCCCAAGGAACCUCUUGCUUAGCAAUGGAGGACGGGAGGUGCAAUUGGCCGCGCGGAAAGGUCUUAGGAGGCAGUUCAGUACUAAACUACAUGCUGUAUCUACGAGGUAAUAGAAAAGACUACGACAAUUGGGAGGCUAUGGGAAACAAAGGAUGGAGUUACAAGGACGUAUUGUAUUACUUCAAGAAAUCCGAGGACAAUCAAAACCCUUACUUGACCCAAACGCCCUAUCAUAGUACAGGAGGGUAUUUGACAGUCGCCGAGGCGCCUUAUCACACGCCACUAGUAUCUAGUUUCAUAGAAGGUGGUUUAGAAAUGGGAUAUUUAAAUAGAGACAUCAACGGUGAGAACCAAACGGGCUUUAUGGUGGCCCAAGGGACAGUCCGUCGCGGAAGCCGAUGUUCCACAGCAAAAGCUUUUCUCCGACCUGCAAAGGACCGUAACAAUUUGCACAUAGCGAUGCAUUCAUUUGUGACAAAGGUUCUCAUAGAUCCACGAACUAAGAUAGCCUUCGGUGUUGAAUUUGUUCGUAAUAAAAUGGUACAUCGUGUCAGAGCUCGCAAGGAGGUCAUUUUAUCAGCCGGGACAAUAAACUCUGCACAAUUACUAAUGUUAUCUGGUAUCGGUCCGGCGGAGGAAUUAAAAAAGCAUAGGAUUCCUAUUAUACAAAAUCUGAGAGUUGGAAGAAAUUUACAAGAUCAUAUCGGUGCAGGCGGUUUAACAUUUAUGGUCAAUAAGAAAAUAUCUAUAGUAGAACAUCGUCUACACACAGUCAGCACAUUAAUGGAGUAUGCUGUCUUAGGUAAAGGACCUUUGACUAUAAUGGGUGGUGUAGAAGGCUUAGCUUUCGUUAAUACAAAGUAUGCGAACGCGUCAGACGAUUUCCCUGAUAUAGAAUUCCAUUUCAUAUCAGGUUCCACAAACUCUGAUGGCGGGGAGCAGUUACGUAAAGUUCACGGCCUCACUGAUGAAUUCUAUGACGCAGUAUUCCGUCCGAUAAACAACAUGGACGUGUGGAGCAUAAUCCCUAUGCUGUUACGACCAAAGAGUAAAGGAUUCAUACAAUUACGAAGCUCAAGCCCGUACGACUAUCCUUAUAUCUACCCAAACUAUUUGACUGAUGAUGGAGAUGUUAAAACAUUGAUAGAGGGCGUUAAGAUCGCUGUCGCCUUAUCUAGAACCAAAGCGUUUCAAAGACAUGGAUCGGUAUUGAACAAACACGUGUUUCCUGCAUGUGCGGAUUUACAAAGAUAUAGUGACGAAUACUGGGAAUGUAUGAUAAGGCAGUACACUUGUACGAUAUAUCAUCCAGUGGGUACUGCUAAAAUGGGACCUUAUUGGGACCCUGAAGCAGUGGUAGACCACGAGCUAAGAGUGUACGGGGUAAAAGGCUUACGCGUUAUAGAUGGGAGUAUAAUGCCGUCAUUAGUCAGUGGUAAUACAAAUGCUCCCAUCAUUAUGAUCGGAGAGAAAGGUAGCGAUAUGAUAAAGCAGUUCUGGCUUCGUAGAAGAAUAUCUAGAUAUUACGCCUGAUGCAUAAGAUAUGUAAAUCAGUAUUCAACAGUAUUAUGUAAUAAUCGAUGUAAAUAAUUUAUUUAAU